AUGUCGGAGGAUCUGUUUUCGGAAAUCGAACAGCUUGCUCCUCAAUUUGCCGAUGGGAAACUUGAAUCCUUAGAUCCGCUGCAGCGAGUAAUUUCCGAUCUUUUAUUAAAAUCCAAGGACCGGACAUGGCUGGAGAGUGACGCUGACGUCGCCGGCGGGAUCGCCGUUACGCGAUUGGUCAACCUUCUUCCGGAUUUUUCUCGGCAUUGUCCCGAGCUGUACGGUCUUCAACGAUCCAGCGACGUAUCUGGACCGUCGGGUGCUGACGUAUGUCACGGAUCUGCAUCUUCAAGCUUCAUUGACCGGCUUUCCGCUGAUUGGUCUAUUUCCGCAGAUCCAGAUCUACACGAGCCGUCAGCGUCAACAUCAACGGCUACCACUGCUGCAUCAGAGAUUGCCGAUGCUCGAGGAUUUAGUGGUGUCGCUUCCUCACAACCCGCAAUCCGACCGUUGGUGCAAGUUCUUCGAGUUAUUCGGAACCUGCUCGCCGGCCUCGCCCCGAAUCAAAACGCGUUUCUACAAUGCGGUGCUCUUGACGCUGUAGCUACUAUCGCGGACCGGCUUAUAUCGAAUCACAUCGUCCACCAAACCCCGCUGCCAGGCGCCGCUCCUUCCGGCGGAAAUCUCCCUGCGACAAGCGGUACCGUCAAUGUCUCUGCAGCGUCUACUGCGGAUCAACCAAGAUCGGGAUCCCACGCUUCAGGCAGCGGUGAAGACUCCACCCAAGUGGCUUCCCAACUUGCAAAGUUAAAAGUGGGUAGCGGAGCUGCUUCAGGCGCAGCGUCUUCCGGCAGCACAGCACCUGCUCCCGCUUCCGCUUCCGCCUCCGCUUCCGCCUCCGCCACGCGUUCCUCGGCCGCGCCUUCCGCGCGCAUGCUCAACCGUCCCCCCGCGUUAGCGACUUCCGCGGGGGGAGCUUCCGCCAGCGCAGGUCAUCGGCGGAAACGGUCCAUUAACAGAAAGGGCACCGGAACCCUCUCUCUUCCCCUCCUCUCCCCGUCCGCCGCGUCGUUCGGCGCUCUCCCCGGCGCAGCCUCCCCGGCGGGUGGCGCGGCGGCUCUUGCGCAAGGGUCGCCGAUGGCGGGAGGAGGAUCGGGUAACCCGAUGACGCCCAUGUCGCCGAUGUUUUAUUCGUCGCUGCUGCCGCCUGCGUCGCCGUCCGUGCUGCACCUGGCGCUGCAAAUCGACCUGCCGCGAGACCACGUGGAUGCCUUGAAGGCCGUGCUCCAGGUCAUCGGCAACUUCGCCAACGCGGGCGAGCUCCAUCAAACCGCAGUGUGGGACCGCUGCUUCCCGGGCACCUUCUCGCGCCUCGCGACAGUGCGCGCCCCCGCGGUGCGGCGCGCGCUCUGCAUGGUGCUGUUCACGUGCUGCCGCGCCGUGCCCAAGCACGUCGACGGGCUGGGCGGGUCCAUGGACGGCGUUGCGCUGCUCGCGGGCGCGCUCAGGGCUCAGGGGGAGGCGCUCGUUGCUCGCGUGGAGGGGCGGGACGGCGGCAGCGGCGGGGAUGUUUUCUCAGCGCCCGUUUUCUGUACUCAUAACCUCACUUCUCCUUACUGUCUUCUCGUCCGUGCCCCUGCUCACCCCUCCCGCCCUACUUCCUCAGCUCUCUCGGACGUUACCUCCAACGGGAUGGACGAGUGGCUGGGUCUGCUGGUGGAGCGGCUCUGCCUGCGCGCGCGCUACUUCGAGCCAGUCUUCAAGAACCUCCCCAACUUCUCGCCGCGUCCUGCCCUCGGGCAGGUCCGAGGCCUUUUCUGCCCGGAACAAGCCGCCCUGCUGUGGGUCCUAUGGGGCGCUCUUCACGCCACUGCGAAAGCACGGGGGAUCCCAGGAAUUGACCGUCCUUCUGCUUCUAACGAGGAUGAUGGAAACUCCAAGGGCGAUGAGACAUCAAGUGAUGAGACGUCAAAGAAGGCUGCAGCACCUGGGUCGAGGUGGCAGGUGCAUGGGCUGCCCGACAUUGGACCGGGCACUCUCAAGUUCCUUCUCACGGCAUGCAGAAACGCAGCGGCGGGUCUGGGCAAGGCACGGGAGGAGGCAGGUAGCAAGGGGCUCUCCUCCUCGUCCUCGUCCUCCUCCACCUCCUUCACGUGUCUGCAGCUGGUGCUCUGCUUCUCCCUCCGCUGCCUCCGCGUUCUCGCUGCCCAAGAGCCCUCCUCCACCUCCCAUCCUGUUCCAGCUUCUCCGGACACUUCAUCCACAGUAGCCUCAGACGCCACUCGUGCAGACACCUCAGCAGCAGCAGGAGCAGGUCAAGCUGCAGACUCGAAAUCAACGGCCGAGGAUGCUUUUGUUGCGAUCGGAGGGUCCGAAAUCAUCCCGCUGCUGCUGGAUCUCCUCCAGGGUCUGAGUGUGAGUCUACCUGGAGUUGACGAUUUCGCGGAGCGAGAAACAUCUAUAUCGGGAAGCCCUUGUAGUGGCAACUGUGCCUGUAACGGGGGCCGAGCUCGCUGUAACCGGAUGGUGCUCCGAUUUCGCCAAUUUCACGAUAGUUCCCAACGGCGGCACUGGGAUCAGAAUCUCGCUACACUAGCAAAGGUUCCGGAAACCGAGCUUGACAAUAUCGAAUCAGCUGCAGGAUACGUAUCAAGCCCCACCUCCAAUCCAUCCCCUGAUUCGUCAUCUAAUACCCCCGCCUCCGCAACCUCACCUCUCUCCACCGCUCCGUCAACCUCCUUAUCCGACGCCCUCAUAAGCCUUCUAGCUAGGGCACUGGAAGCCGCUCACCGGGACAUUCAACUCGCCUCAGAUCUCAGGGAGUCGCAAGUGGAGUCAGAGCUUGGGAGGAGAAGGUCGAGGGUGGUGGAGCGGUGCAAACUAAUGGUGAAGCUGGGGAAGCUGCUGCUGGCGCCGCCUUGGGCUAAGGGGUUCUCAGCACCCGUCUCCCUCCCCGGUCUCCCUCCCUUCACAGCGGGCGCGUUUGAAUCGCACAUCAACAUGCAGGGUCGCCGCCUGCCCAUGCGCCUCUUCCGCUCAUACGACACGGGCCUGCCAGAGACAAUGUUCGCCGCACUGGAAGGGAUGAUUGCCCAGGGAGGCAUGGAGACCGUUCGAUACAAGACGCGCUCGACCUAUAGCAUCUGGGUAACAGACACGGAUACAGAAAUCGAGUAUAAGUUAAUCUGCGUGCCAAAUCCCGACAACUCAGGAAUUAUCCUCACUAAGGUGAAGCACAACUCGGUGCGCUAUGCAGUCAUCGACGUCGCUCGACCCAUUAAAGCCAUUUGA